AUGAAUAAUAACAAGAUAGUUAUACAUAGAGUGUUCAGUGAUACAUCAUUGUGUCAAUUGAUAUUCAAGCAUUCAGUGAUCAAAGGCAAAGAGCUACUAGACAGAGGUGAUCUCAAACAGAUGCUAAAGUACAACGCAACACAAUACUUCAUCACAGAGUAUGAUCGAGUUGCACCGACAUACCCUCCCAACAUCAAAUUGCUCACACAUUCAAUCAAGUACAACAAUCAACGAGUAUUUGAUCAUUUGUUACACAACACAAACAUGUCGAUACCGAUGAAGUGCGAUGAGUGUUACUCAGAUGAUGACAAAUACAUUGAUGUGAUCACCGCGGUUGUCACAGGUGGCAACAUGUACAUGCUUCAGACCUACUUGGACAUGACUGGUCAUGGCAUCAUCAGAGGUCUCACACCCCGUCAACUGGUGAUCGCCAUCAAUCACAACAACGAACACUUUGUUCGGCUGUUGCUUCAACAUUCAAUCUUGGAGGAAUUCCAGUUCAACUCUAGAUCGCUCAUGUAUCUUCUAACUCGACCCUGCGUCCGCAUCAACAUGCUCCGUCUACUCAACGAGGAGUUUGGCACCUACCGACUGCUGGACGACCCAACCAUUUGGUUGACGUUGACAGAGAAAUCAGUCGUCUGCAAUAUGGCCCAGAAUGUUCAAUACCUCUUGGAUCACAUCCCAACGAGUCUUUCAGAUUCAUCUGAAUGGAGUAGUUAUAUUCAAAAGUGUUACUGCCAUGAAAACCUAGACACGCUCAAGGUUAUCCUUGAACAUCCGGGUGUGAAUGGAGCAAGUAGAGUGAUCGACACAAGGAGUUUGGAGGAAGCCAUGCGCUCCGGACAGGCACACAUCAUGAAGUACCUCAUCGACAGUCACAUGGACAUUGUAAGUGACGCACUAUCAAAAUCGAUGACAUUGGUGGAGAUGGCGAUGAACUAUGGACAAUUUGACAUGGUCGAUCUGUUGCUGGACCAGAUUACGCACAACACCAAUGCCAAGUUUGCCAAGCAAUAUGUGAAUCACUUGAAGGCAUCCAAAGUUCCAUUGUCCGUGUUCAAGCGUAUUGCCUCACACCCAAAUAUCAAGUUGGUUGCUGCUAAGGUUCUGCAGGGGAUAGUCAAGGUUACGCAGAGAAUUCAUUUUUCAGCGGUCUCAAUCCUUGGGUUCGAGCUGGUUCGACCCUGGACAACCCUUGGAACAGCAAGGGGAACCCUUUCAAACCUUAUCUGA